AUGAGUCUCAUUACCCUGCCCCAGGAGCUUCUCGGCGAGGUCUUCUCGUUUGAUCAUGGCUUGUCGAGGCGAGAUCUCAAGUCACUUAGACUCACCUGCCGCCAAGUGUCUACCGAAGCCUCGCGCACUCUUUUCUAUCAAGUUCGAAUUUCCCUUCUUCUUCCUGAUCUUCGGCACUUCUUCGAGCUCUCAGAGUCUCCGCUUGCCUCGCUGGUUCGAGUUCUCGUGUGGGAAGAGCUUACGUUUGACGUUUCCAAGUUCCAACAUCCUUGGUAUCCGUCCCCGGUGAUUUAUAACGAGAAAGGAUAUAAGUUCAAAAGUCUCUCCAAAGAGAUGGCCGAGCUCGUGUCUUUUCACUUUCCGGUUGGCUUCCAGGAUAUAUCAGUCUUCGCCAGGCACCCAGACCCCGUUGGCGCGCAUAUGAUGCAACACAGCCGACGUCCGAUUCCGAAAUCGAAAUCUCCAGAUGAGUUUUUAUCUGCUGUUCGCAACAUGCCCAAUCUACAUACUCUGGUCUCAAGGCCCAUGGAUGGCCACCGGCGCCUUGAGAUUCUCUCCUUGGAUUUCCCUAUGACCAUCAACAGUCUCAAAGGUAUUUUACAGGGACUUGGGACAAAUAAAAGAUCCAACACUGGCUUUAGGGAUUACUUUAUGCCGCUACUCGAAUCUCUUGCAAGUCAACCCAAUGACGAAGUGCCGACAAACAAGAUUACCCGUCUGUUCUACUCAGAUGAGCAUGUCGGUCGCUAUUCAGCGCUCCUCCAAAUGGAGGAGCCUGUGAAGCUCAAGAUUUUUGAGCAUUUUGUUCGCUUGGAUCUCUGUCUCUGUGAUAAAUUUCACUCGGCUCAAGCUUCCAGAGGGUUUACGGCUUGCCUUGCGAACGCGAAAAGCUUGACGAGCUUGAAAAUAUGUAACGAGAAUGAUUUCAUUCCGUUCAAUCCUAUUAUUAUUCCUACACUGCCCAAGCUUAUGAGUGUGGAAUUCGUGAAAAUUUCUGGCUGUCCUUACUUUAACUUUAUAAGCGCGGCCCAUGGUUUCCAGGAUGCCUCGAUCUCCGGGAUUAUCAGUUUCAUCCAGCGCCACGCGGAGACACUAAGAAGUUUGUGCUUCACCUCGUCAAGAGUCGGAGUUUCCUUUCUUAAGGAGCUCGCGAAGUUGAAUUCGUUGCAGUUGGAUAGGCUUGUUAUAGCUUCAGCGGACGACAUCAAUAACGACGACGAUGACUACUGCAGCCGGCCCACCAGCAUCCGCCGGUUGCUCAACAGAGAAAAUCAUAAGCAUAUAGAUGAGCAGGUAGUUCUUGCCUACGUCAACCGAGCGGAUGGCCUCGAUCAGAAGAUACCACUGCCACCUCACAUAGGCGAAGCGACGCAGAUAUCUACGCAUUCACUGGUCGUCGACACAGCCACUUGUGAGCUUUCAGCCUUCCACGAUACGCGUAAACGAGAAUGGGAUCGCCCAUAG